AAAAAUACAAACAUUAUUGAUCUCUCUCUCAAGACUCACAUUUGUCUCACUCACUCUUGAGAACGAGUCCUCCUCGAAUCUCCUUUCACGGCUACUGUUUCGGGUCCUGAAAAGGGAGAGGACUCCAUCCACAACAAUACAUGAAACUAUCAAUGAAACGUAUCGCAUAUUGAUAUUGAAUUUUUUACAUAUAUACAAUAUACAUCAGGAAUUCAGCUUCCUUAUUUCAGUUAUGGAUGCGCUUGUUGUGGUUGAGGUUAAAGCGUCCUUUAUUGGAGUUGUGCACGAUCCAUCAAAAUGCAGUAAGUUGAGUAUGGAUGAAAAGAGAGAACUUGUGUAUGAAAUAUCAAAAUUGUCACAUGGCGCUUCUGAAAUGCUACAGUCAUGGAGCCGUCAGGAGAUUCUACAGAUCCUUUGUGCAGAAAUGGGGAAAGAGAGGAAAUACACGGGCUUGACAAAGGUGAAAAUUAUAGAGCACCUUCUGACAAUUGUAUCAGAAAGGAAAUCAAGGGAACAAGAGCCCAUAACAGACCUAGAAGCUCCAUCUUCUCCAGCUGCUGGCCAAAGAGCUUCAAAGAGGCAGAGAAAAACCGAUCACCCGUCGCGAUUUGUUGUUGCAGUGAACAGUCAUCCUAGCAACAAUAAUGGAAAUGAUUUAGGUAGUACCACUUACUGCAAGAACUCAGCAUGCAAAGCUACCUUAAAAUUUGAAGAUGCAUUUUGUAAGAGAUGUUCAUGCUGCAUCUGUUAUCAGUAUGAUGACAACAAAGAUCCUAGUGUGUGGUUGGUUUGCAGUUCAGAGGCUCCAUUUGAAGGGAGUUCGUGUGGCAUGUCUUGCCAUCUUGAAUGUGCCUUGAAGCAUGACAAAUCUGGAAUUGGAAAAGUUGAAAAACAUGCUGGACUUGAUGGGAGCUAUUACUGUGUUUCUUGUGGCAAAGUGAAUGACUUGCUCGGAUGCUGGAGAAAACAGUUGGUAAUGGCAAAGGAAACCAGACGGGUGGACAUACUGUGCUAUCGUGUCUCCUUAAGCCAAAAGCUCCUCAACAGGUCUGUGAAGUACCAAAAAAUUUAUGGGAUUGUCAGUGAAGCUAUGAAGAAGCUUGAGGCUGAAUUGGGUGCAUUGGCUGGGUUGCCUGUAAAGAUGGGAAGGGGUAUCGUCAACAGGCUUUCUUCUGGACCAGAGGUUCAGAAACUUUGUGCUUUGGCUGUGGAGUCAUUGGAUGACAUGCUAUCCAAUGCCAAUUUGCAUCCAUUGCCCAAUCCUACAAUACGAGAUCCAAAUUUUAUUGCACCAACAAUGGUGAGAUUUGAAGAUGUUUGUCCUACUUCCAUUACUGUGGCUUUGGGUUCAGAGAAUUUCUCACUGGGGAAUGAUAUUUAUUCUUUAUGGCAUCGCAAGGCUCAGGAUCUGGAAUAUCCAGCGGAACCAACUUGUAAGCUACUUGAACCCAAUAGAAGGUUUGUUGUCGAAGGUUUGACUCCAGCUACAGAGUAUCAUUUUCGAGUUGUUUCCUUCAAUGGUACAAAAGAGUUGGAUAUUUCUGAUGUUAAGAUUGCAACUAGCCGUUGUGAGAAUGAACUUCCAAGCUGCUCAGUGUUGGAAAGAAGUCAAAGUCCAGUUACCAAUUGUAGCAGCCUUUCUAAUCCAUCUUCGGUGGAAGAUGAAACGAAUAACAAUAUUUCAUUCAGUGACCAAAACGAUAACAGGGCGGACAAUUAUCAUGCUUACUGCACAGACACUGAUAAAAUUAUUUCUGCAAAUUUGUCCAAUGAUGCUAUCAACAGCAUUCUCCCUGGUGGAGGAGGAACUCCUGUAGAUGCAGCUUCUUUGUUGGACGAAGAAGGAGCCAAUGGAGUAAGUGGCUCUGGACCCAAUUCAGAUACACUAAAACUUGACAACAGGCAAAAUCCAGGAGAGCGGAUUGUUGAGGAGAUGAACGCUGAUACUGGGUCUGACACGCUGGUAGCUGGCACUAGCACAGAACGUGUGCCAUUCGUGGGUAGGUCAGAAGAUGAUUUGCCCAUUACUCCAUUCAAGUUGGAGAAGCUCAAAGAUGUGCAAGUAAGGAAUGGAAGAGCCACAUCCAGCAAGAAGGGUCUGGAAAAUGGUACUGGGAAAGGGGAGGAGCCCCACAAUGGCAGCACAUCUAAGAAAAGUGGGGAAAGGAAGGGUGAGGAGUGCAGAGAAAAUGGUCUUCCAGACUCGGACUUUGAGUAUUAUGUGAAGGUAAUCAGAUGGUUAGAAUGUGAGGGUCAUAUAGAGAAGAAUUUCAGGCAGAAAUUUCUAACUUGGUACAGCUUGAGAGCUACCCCACAAGAGUUACGGGUUGUGAAGGUUUUUGUCGACACUUUUAUUGAAGAUCCAGCAUCUCUUGCAGGGCAGCUUAUGGAUACUUUUGCAGAAAUUGUUUCAAACAAGAGAUCAACUGCCGUGCCAUCUGGGCUCUGCAUGCAACUUUGGCACUGAUUGGUCCUGCUUUUGAUCAACUAUUUUUCUCUGCAAACCUGCUGAAGAGUUCCUUCAUACAUGUUUAUGUCUUGGACAAGGAUCAACACUGGAAAGCUAAACAUUGUCCUUAUCAGUAGGGAUGUGGAAUACAGCUUCUAGUGGUUGUCUUUGGCUUUGAAGUCCAUGAUGGUGGGAGUAGCCAUUGAUGAUGAGAAUGAGAUGGUACUGGAGUUAACAUAUAUUAAGACAACAUAGCGCUGUAGCCUGUAGGUCUAUGUAGAGACCAUUGUAAGCAUGUUUUGUGUUCAAUCUUCAUGGUACUAAAAAAUCUACUGAUCAAGUGCAAGUGCAAGUCCAGCUCAUCUUUUGACUCAA